AUGGGAGCACACGAUAGGCGGCUGGUCAAAAGAAAAGACCGGGAGUGCGCGGGAGCAAAAAUUUUGUUCACCUUUCUCGUCUUCGCCAGCAUUCUUGUCCAGUCAAAUCCUUUCACACUUGUAGAAAAAUGCCAGAAGCCGCUUUUUGGAGCAAACGUUGCCGUACUUUUUUAUGGGCAGGCACGCACCCUCAAUCGCACGCAUUGUAGCGUUACUGAACACAUCCUCGCACCACUCCUGAACGCAAGCAACAAAGUGAGCGUAUUCGUACACGGCGAAUCGGAUGGCGACAGCUGGCAAUACGCAGCUUACUUGAAUGAAGUAUCGAAACUAGGAGUCCAAUGCCACAUCGAGUUGCAAGACGUGAACUUGACCGCGACACAGUGCGCGAUGGCCCUUGACGACAAAUAUGAAAAACGCAUGCAACAAUUAGUGAAAGAGGGAAACACUUAUGCGGCCGAGCUUUUGACACAACUAAGAUAUCGAGAGUCUGUCAACUCUCUUCGCAAAAACAUCGAGAAGAACAGGGGAAUCACGUUUGACGCGGUCAUUCUUGCUCGACCGGAUGUCGUGUACACGACUGCACUGCCGCCACUUUGCCGACUUGACGUCGACGCGGUGCAAGUUCCUCCUUGGCAACCAUUUGGUGGGAUUAACGACAGGUUCCUCAUUUCAAGGAGUGGCCCAGCGCUUGAUCACUACUUGGGUCUUCACACCGGCUUGUGUGAUAAAGGGUUUGUCACGAGGCUUCCUCGGCGUUGGAAGGGGCUGAAUGCAGAGCGGAUAUACGCUUGGUGGCUACACCAGGGCGGCUUCAGGAUCGAGACGUGGCUGUUGAAAAAAUUUGUUUUCUACAGGUUGCGCAAGGGCGCUACUCUCUGGGAAAGUCCUGACGCUGAUUUUGGGCAACACAGGGGUGCGACGGUUUUCAAUCAGAAAUAUAAUCCAUCAGCAGUGCCCUGGUCAAGCGUAACAGAGAAGCUUUUACGAUGCCCCCCUUUAGAGAGACAUUAG